AUACACACACAGUUAACUGCCUCGCUCUGCGCCUCACGCCUAGAAGCUCCGUUAUUGAGCCGUGUGUCCGUUGUUGGCAUUCAACGUCCACCGUUAGACCAAACCUUUCACCCUUUCACCCUUUCACCGGGCUAAACCGCUACGGACACACAUCGGCAACAAACAUGGCCAGCACAGAGGGAGGUAAACUUUGGGGAGGUCGCUUCGUGGGAGACACUGAUCCCAUCAUGGAGAAGUUCAACGCAUCCAUCGCUUACGACCAGAGAAUGUGGGAUGCUGACAUCCGAGGGAGCAAAGCUUAUGUGAAAGCUCUGGAGAAGGCCACGCUGGUCAACACGGAGGAGAUGAACCAGAUAUUAACCGGGCUGGAUCAGAUUUCUGAAGAGUGGUCCACAGGUGUUUUUGUGAUCAAACCAGGAGAUGAAGACAUUCACACUGCAAAUGAGCGCAGGCUAAAGGAGCUGAUUGGUGCACCUGCAGGGAAGCUGCACACUGGCAGGAGCAGAAACGACCAGGUUGUGACUGACAUGAGGUUGUGGCUGCGAGAUGCCAUCUCAACCCUGACGGAGAAUGCCUUACAGCUGAUGUCUACCAUGGUGGAGCGGGCAGCAGCAGAAAUUGACGUCCUGUUUCCUGGUUACACCCACAUGCAGAGAGCUCAGCCAAUCAGAUGGAGCCACUGGAUUCUAAGUCAUGCUGUUGCUCUGAGCAGGGAUGUUGACCGACUUCAGGAGAUGAAGAAAAGAGUUAAUGAUUUGCCUCUCGGCAGUGGUGCCAUCGCUGGAACGCCAUUUGACAUCGACAGGGAGCUACUGCGGAAAGAGUUGGAGUUUGAUGGCAUCAGUCUUAACAGCAUGGAUGCGACAGGCCAAAGGGACUUUGUUGCGGAGUUCUUGUUCUGGUCUUCGUUGUGUUUGACCCAUCUCAGCAAGAUGGCCGAGGACCUGAUGCUGUACAGCACAAAAGAGUUCUCCUUCCUCUCACUCUCUGACGCCUACAGCACAGGCAGCAGUCUGAUGCCCCAGAAGAAGAAUGCUGACAGUCUGGAGCUGAUCAGGAGUAAAGCAGGUCGUGUCUUUGGCAGAUGUGCAGGGUUCAUGAUGACACUGAAGGGCUUGCCCAGCACCUACAACAAAGACCUGCAGGAGGAUAAGGAGGCCAUGUUUGACUGCUAUGAUACUGUUCACGCUGUGCUGCAGGUGACAACUGGAGUCAUGUCAACUCUCAAGAUUAACCAGACUGUUAUGGAAGCGGCCCUCAGUCCGGACAUGUUGGCUACUGACUUGGCCUACUACCUUGUGAGAAAGGGGGUGCCAUUCAGAGAGGCCCAUGGUCUCUCUGGUAAAGCUGUGUUUGCAGCUGAAUCCCAAAAUAUCGCCCUGAAUCAACUCACUAUGGAAAACCUGAGUGCUGUCAGCCCUCUGUUUGGAAGUGACGUAUCCUUGGUGUGGGACUACAGGAGCAGUGUGGAGCAGUAUAGCGCCCCUGGCGGCACAGCCAAGAGUAGCGUUGCUGCACAGGUGGAACACCUGAGGAACUGGCUUAAGAAACAGACACAGUGACCUCAACCUAAUUUCACCUUUAAAUUUUGAAUCAGGUUUACUGCCACAUUUCAUAUUAGUAUGAAAUGUCAGAUUGAGGUCAAAGGGACUUAUUUAUGACUUGAAAACCAUGUUGCCUUUCAAACAUUCUUCUCUCUUCUUUUUAAGUACAUAGUAUGACGUGUCGUGACGUUGGUUGGGAGGUUUCAAUUGAUCAUGGACUGAUCAUAAGUGUUACAAAGGACCUGACAAUAAAAUAAUGUUACUCAAACAGUG